CAUUGUGCUGACAAUUCAACUUGUGAUACAGUUACGGGACAUUGUGUAAAUAAAGGUUGUUUGCCUGGAUGGAAAGGAACUUCAUGUAAUGAAUCUUGCAGCUACGCAAACUUUGGAUCAGACUGUGAAUACCAGUGCCACUGUUUUCAGAACAAAUCAUGUCCGAAAGAUUCUGGAAUUUGCAAAAAUAAACGCUGUGAUCCAGGAUGGCAGUUUAAGAACUGUAGCAAAGCUUGUGACUUUCCUCAAUUCGGAGAUGCAUGUAACGAUACAUGUCAUUGUCUUAACAACUCAAGUUGUGACCAUAUCAACGGACGAUGUGAUAGCGGCUUAUGUGAAGCGGGUUGGCAAGGAGAUAGUUGUAAUCACGGUAAUAUUGACAUUCCGAGAAAUCAAAUUCUGCAACAAUAGGUCGUUCGGAUAUAACUGUUCUUCAAUAUGUUACUGUCGUGAUAACACCAGUUGUGAGGCUAAAUAUGGACAUUGCUAUUCCGGUCUGUGUGAUUCCGGCUGGACGGGUAUAAGUUGCGACCAAGAAUGCGAACAUGGCUCAUUUGGCUUAACUUGUUCAUCAACGUGCCAUUGUCUCGAUAAUUCAAGCUGUGACCACGUAUCUGGAGAAUGUAGUGUUGGUUUGUGCGAGCCUGGAUGGCAAGGUUCAAGUUGUGAUAAAGCCUGCGACUAUCGACAUUUCGGCUAUAAUUGUUCAUCGGUAUGUAAUUGCCGUAACAACUCAAGUUGUGACGUAUUCUCUGGAGAUUGUGAUACUGGUUUGUGUGAUCCUGGAUGGCUUAACUCUAGCUGUAGUAUAGCAUGCGAACUUGGCUCAUUUGGCUUUAACUGUUUAUCAUCAUGCCAUUGUCUCGAUCAUUCACGCUGUGACGCCGCCUCUGGAGAAUGUGUAAAUGGUUUGUGCGAGCCUGGAUGGCAAGGCUCAAGUUGUGACCAAGCCUGCGACUAUCGACAUUUCGGCUAUAAUUGUUCAUCGGAAUGUAAUUGCCGUAACAACUCAAGUUGUGACGUAUUCUCUGGAGAUUGUGAAACUGGUUUGUGUGAUCCUGGAUGGCUUACCUCUAGCUGUAGUAUAGCGUGCAAUCAUCGUACAUAUGGAUAUAACUGUACAUCGACAUGUCAUUGUAUUGAUGAUACAAACUGUGAUGCUGCAACAGGAGAGUGUGAUAAUUAUUUGUGUGAACCUGGUUGGCAAGGUUCUAACUGUGCCACAGUUUGUGACGCUGGAACUUUUGGGUACAAUUGUUCAAACAAAUGUCACUGUGACGAAGAUAAGAACUGCAAUGCAAGAAGUGGCUACUGUAAAACUGGUAUAUGUGAACAAGAUUGGCAGGGAUACAAUUGCAGUACAAAAAAACUUACUUCGGAGCAAGAGGCGUCUACUACUGCUGCGGUUGCUGGCGGUGUGUCAUCUGCAAUUAUUCUUGUUGCGUUAGGUGUUGUUAUUGGAUUCUUCUUACUUAAGAGAAGGAAAGCGUAA